GAGCGCAGCGGCGCCAGCGCCGGCAGCCUCCUCGAGCGGGGCACGAGGUGCCGGUACCACUCUGCGCGGUACGGCUGGAUGCCCGCCGUUGUGCAGAGUUUCAACGAGUCCGAUGGCACGUACAACCUUGACGUGCGUGAUCACGCCAGGCUCCGGGACAUGUCCCCGGACUCGACCGUGUCAGCCGCGGACGCGUGGCCAGCGUACACACUCGUCCACUACCAAAGCGAGACGCUCAGCACGUGGUUGCCUGCAAUGGUGCGGUCGUUCAACGAGCCGAAGGCAGGCGCGGAGGGGUCCUACAACCUCGACGUGCGCGACUUCGCCUCAAUCGAGCGAAUACGCCCCAGGCUCGGCCUCGAAUGA